UGGAGGGGGCUGGGGGGAAGAGCACAGCAACAGGGGAUAUCCAUAUAUCCUGCUGAUAUCCAAAGGAUGCUGCAAGGCAUUAGGGAACAGCCCAAGGAAACUCCUCAACCAGCCCCCCGGCGAAUCUUCCAGGAGAGACAGAGGAUCACUGGUCUGCCUUUGUACUUCCAAGGUUACCUGUCUGUCCGGCACUCAAGAUGCCAGGAAUUUAGAGUGUACUGGACAGAACUCAGAGGAACUAUGCUCUUCUUUUAUCAUGAUAAGAAAGUUCCAACAUACUCACAGAAAUUAGAUAUAUCAGCUUUGACCUCAGCAACCAAUGUUCAUCCAGAUGAAAAUGGCUCUGCACGGUUCAUCCUGCUGCUGUCAAAUGGGGAACUAGAACUGAAGGCUAGUGACUGUGAACAAGGAAAAGAAUGGAAGGGUUUUAUUCUCACGGUAAUAAAGCUGUCAGUUCCACCAGAUGAGUCAUUAUUACCUGACCAACUUAGAAGAAUGCAUGAAGUGCUAGAGAAGGAAAAGAAAAGAAGGAUUAUGCUUAACGACUGUUCCAGUGCAUCCUUGGACAGAAAAAACCCUCCCAGCAGUACAUUGACUACUAUGCCAGUGUGCUUCUAUGCAGUAUCUCGUCAAGGAGCAAUAGAGAUGUUAGAAAAGAACCCUUCAUGUGGGAAUUUGAUCCUGCGUCCCGGCAGGGACAACAAGAACUACGCAGUCACUAUCCGACAUGAGCUGGAUGCCCCGUGCGUAAAGCACUACAAAGUGAUGUCCAAAGGAACAAGUUACAUUAUCGAAUUGGAAAGACAGGUGACACUUCCAAGCCUUCAGGGUGUUAUCAAUUACUUUGUGACCCAAACCCGAGGGAAGCUGAAACCAUUUGUCAUACAGACGCACACUGCAGAGGACCCAGUGUCCUGAAAGCAAGCUGGCUACUGAAGGCACACGCAGUAACGGUCCUGCUAAAAGAGGCACGAGAAGCAGCACAGGAGCUAAAUAAACAGAAAAUAAACAGAAGGCAUUCCCCAAGCUACUCUUUCUCAAUUGCUAGAACAGCUCUGUUAGCCCUAAACCAAGAAUGUGAUGCAGCUUCUCCCAGAGGAACUUCUCAGAUUUGGGGAGAACAAAUAGCCCCAAUUCCUGUAGACGAUCAGAUGUGGAAAAAGAAGAAAAGACAAGAGUGGGAAGGAGAACAUAUGGCCCCUGCAAAACUCACUGGAAAAAUAUUGUAUUGAUGUUAGGCAGACAGUGUUUGUGGGCUCAGUUCUGUCACUGGCUCACAGUGCAAUAAACUCUUUGUGUUGAAAA